CCUCAGGCUUCUCCGCCUCUGUCUCUGCCCACCACAGGUUUCAGCCCCCGAGGGGGCGGCUUCAGAGGCCGAGGAGGGGGCUUUGGUGACCGAGGUGGCUUUGGUGGUCGAGGUGGCUUUGGUGGUGACCGCGGCGGCCGAGGGGGCCGAGGAGGCUUCGGCGGGGGCCGAGGGCGAGGCGGCAGCGGCGGGGGCUUCCGAGGCCGUGGGCGAGGCGGAGGAGGGGGCCGAGGAGGCGGGUUCCAGCCCGGUGGCACCCGGGGCCGUGGGCGGGGGGGAAGAAGAGGAGGAGGGAACCAGUCUGGGAAGAAUGUGCUGGUGGAGCCACACAGGCAUGAGGGUGUCUUCAUUUGUCGGGGCAAGGAGGAUGCGCUCGUGACCAAGAAUCUGGUCCCCGGAGAAUCGGUGUACGGAGAGAAGAGGGUCUCGAUCUCGGAGGGUGAAGACAAAAUUGAGUACCGUGCCUGGAACCCCUUCCGCUCGAAGUUGGCAGCAGCGAUCCUGGGUGGUGUGGACCAGAUCCACAUCAAGCCAGGGGCCAAGGUGCUCUACCUGGGAGCAGCCUCAGGCACCACCGUCUCCCACGUCUCUGACAUCGUAGGCCAGGAUGGCCUGGUCUAUGCCGUCGAGUUCUCCCACCGCUCCGGCCGGGACCUCAUCAACCUGGCAAAGAAGAGGACCAACAUCAUCCCGGUCAUCGAGGACGCUCGGCACCCGCACAAAUACCGCAUGCUCAUCGCCAUGGUGGACGUCAUCUUCGCAGACGUGGCCCAGCCUGACCAGACCCGGAUUGUGGCCCUGAAUGCCCACACCUUCCUGCGGAAUGGAGGUCAUUUUGUGAUUUCAAUUAAGGCCAACUGCAUCGACUCCACAGCCUCUGCUGAGGCCGUGUUCGCCUCCGAAGUAAAGAAAAUGCAACAGGAGAACAUGAAGCCCCAGGAGCAGUUGACCCUCGAGCCCUAUGAGAGAGACCACGCGGUGGUCGUAGGUGUGUACAGGCCACCCCCCAAAGUGAAGAACUGAAACCCAGUGCCACCUGGAGUGUGAGAUUAUGUUGUUGCACGUGUAUUUUUCUAUUAAAAGACUGAUCCGUC